AUGGCACCCUCCCGUGUCGAUACUCCGGAGCCCAUCCCAUCCCCUGCCCCGGGGAAGCUUCAGUCCAUCCAGACACAGCAGCCUCAAUAUGGUGACUUCCGUGAUGACUUCUUUCGUGACGGUUACGCUGUCAUCAAAGGCGUGCUGAGCAAAGAGCGCGCCAGCGAAUACCAAAGCGAAGCCCUGACCUGGCUCGAAUCAUUCGGCCUUGGCUUUGAUCGCAACGACAAGUCCACCUGGAAGAAGGAAAACCUCCCACAGAGCUGGAAAGGCGGCAUGUACCUGCACUUCUCUGCUGCGCACGAGAAGUAUGUCUGGGACGUCCGGUGCGAGCCAGACGUCAUUGCUCCCUUCGCCAAACUCUGGGGCACCGACGAGCUCGUCGUCUCCUUCGACACAGUGAACAUCACCCUCCCUCAAUCCAUUGUAGGCGCCUACGAUUCUCAGCCCUGGCCCCACUGCGACCAAGCGCCCGAACGCAAAGGUCUGGUCUGUGUCCAGGGCAUUGUCAAUCUCUCUAACUCGGGCCCCGAUGACGGUGGACUCAUUGUAAUGAAGGGUUCCGCGCCGCUCUUUGACCAAUUCUUCGAAGAGAACCCGGUCACUGGCCCCACGCCCUGGCGCACCGCCAAACACAAGGACUUCCAUCCCUUCCAUGACAAGGAUUUAGACUGGUACCGCGAGCGUGGGUGCGAGUUGAUCAAGGUCUGUGCUGAACCAGGAGAUUUGAUCCUUUGGGACUCCAGACAGAUGCACUGGGCUCAGUUCGGGACCUCGGAUCUGGUGCGCACCAUUGUUUAUGCGACAUAUACGCCGGCGGCGUGGAUGAGUGAGGAGGAUCGGCAGAAGAAGAAGGAAUUAUUCGAGGCAUAUGAGACAACUACACACUGGCCGCAUACGAACUUGUUCACACAUGGGAAGGCGAUGGUGAAAGUGGAUGGAGAGGAAGUGGUGGAUCCGUUGGAGAGGGACGAACCUCUUACCAAGCCGGUGAGGAGUGAGAGACUGUUGCAGUUGGCAGGUGUGAAGCCGUACUAG